CGUUUGGCGGUCUUUUUGACAGCGUCGCGGGAAACGCGUGCGUUCGUUGAUGUUCGUCCGGCUUUCGGCCGUUUCUCGUUUCAAAUUAAACAGUCGCCAAUGACACAGGAUGGGCGAGAAUGUUCAAGGGACGUUCGUGUCGGAGAAAGUUGCUAAGAUUCGGUGGAUACACGAGGACUUCGAAGAAGCUUCCAAUUUUUUAACCGGCAGUUGGGACGAUCCGGUGAACAAAGUGACUCAUUGGACGUUCCAAGUGAACGAUGUCGGCGAGUCUUAUCCUGCGGUGGUUUCCUCUUACGCGAUCCUUGGGGACGUGACUGAAGUUAAGUUCAUUUCGAGCGAUUUUUUUGUGGUAUCCACAUCCAUCGGCACUGUCAGAUUAUUACAGAUCCAUGAGAACCCAUAUUCACAAUUCAAGGAACGCAUGUCCUGGGAAUUCAUACAUAGAUUCAAUAAAACAUCCGAUUACGCGUCUUGCACUGCAUUGUCCAGUUUCGAGCUAGAUGUUGUGUCUGUAGGGGAAGACGGGAGGAUCAAUCUUCUAACAGCUGCACGAAAGGAGCCAGUUAGAACUAUUAACGAAGCUGAUAGUUGCUCUUUGUAUUGUGUGGACUUCUUAAGACACAAUGAGAUUCUCACAGGAAAUUUGAGGGGACACAUGAAAGUAUGGGACUUACGAAAUGACGAGGAUUUUCCUGCAAUAACAUUUAUGCUCUCGGAUCAGGCGAAAACUGAAGCUACAAGCAUUGCGCAUCAUCCAACACAGAGGCAUAUUGUUGUUGCUGGUGGUGGUGAUGGUAGCUUGAAUGUAUGGGAUUUGAGACAUAAUACGUAUCCAAUAUCUCAACUCAAUGCUCAUGCUAAGGCUGUCAGCGAAAUACUGUUCCACCCUGACAGACCUGAAAAUUUAUUUACCUGUUCGAAUAGUGGCGAAUUGUGGCAUUGGAAUAACACUCAGCAUUCAAAAUUAAGCUUGGAUCCUACGAACACUCAUUGGUUGAAUACAAUUGGGACAAACGGCAAAGUAAAUGUAACGUCGCUCUGCAGCGCGAUGCACAAACCAAUAAACAGUAUUGACAUAAACAGGUCAACUCUACUUUUCGGAUGUGAUAAUGAAGCAAUAGAUGGCUCGACAUCCAACAGUACAACUGUGCCCUCAACAGCGCCAAAAAGUCAAGUUCAGUUGAACCCUUACACUGGUCUGCCUUAUACACCAAGAUUUCAUGAAUUUUAUAAAAAACGCAUCACUUUACCAGUGUUCGAGUAUCGUGCUGAUUUUAUGAGGUUAUUGGCCCAACAUCAAUGUAUUGUACUAGUCGGUGAAACUGGAUCAGGUAAAACUACACAGAUACCACAAUGGUGUGUGGAAUAUUCAAGGUGUAUUGGUAUCAAGGGUGUUGCUUGUACGCAACCAAGAAGAGUGGCAGCUAUGUCUGUUGCACAAAGAGUUUCGGAGGAAAUGGAUGUCGCGUUAGGUCAGGAAGUAGGAUAUAGCAUCCGUUUCGAAGAUUGUAGUUCUCCAAAAACUGUAUUGAAGUACAUGACCGAUGGUAUGCUUCUUCGUGAAGGUAUGUCCGACCCUAUGUUGGAUGCAUACCAAGUGAUCUUGCUGGAUGAAGCACACGAAAGGACUUUAGCUACUGAUUUAUUGAUGGGUGUGUUAAAAGAAGUGAUUAAACAAAGACCAGAUUUGAAACUUGUGAUUAUGAGUGCAACAUUAGAUGCUGGGAAAUUUCAACAGUAUUUCGAUAAUGCACCUUUAAUGAAUGUACCUGGCAGAACGCAUCCCGUCGAAAUUUUUUAUACACCUGAACCUGAAAGAGAUUACUUAGAGGCUGCUAUCAGGACAGUUAUUCAGAUACACAUGUGCGAAGAAGUAGCAGGGGAUUUAUUAUUAUUUUUAACUGGCCAGGAAGAGAUUGAAGAAGCAUGUAAGAGAAUCAAAAGAGAAAUGGAUAAUUUAGGUCCAGAAGUAGGUGAAUUGAAAUGCAUACCAUUGUAUUCUACACUGCCCCCAAAUCUUCAACAAAGAAUAUUCGAACCAGCACCGCCCACAAAACCAAAUGGUGCUAUCGGUAGGAAAGUAGUAGUGUCAACUAAUAUCGCGGAAACAUCAUUAACUAUUGAUGGUGUUGUAUUUGUAAUUGACCCCGGUUUUGCAAAACAGAAGGUGUAUAAUCCUAGAAUUCGCGUAGAAUCUCUUUUAGUAUCUCCCAUUAGUAAAGCUUCCUCUAAACAAAGAGCAGGUAGAGCCGGUCGUACAAGACCUGGCAAAUGUUUUAGAUUGUACACAGAAAAAGCGUAUAAAAAUGAAAUGCAGGAGAACACUUACCCCGAGAUAUUAAGGUCAAAUCUUGGCAGUGUUGUAUUGCAACUGAAGAAACUUGGUAUUGACGAUUUGGUACAUUUUGACUUCAUGGAUCCUCCUGCACCAGAAACUCUUAUGAGAGCAUUAGAACUUCUAAAUUACUUGGCCGCGCUAGAUGACGAUGGGAAUCUAACAGAUCUGGGCGCUGUAAUGGCGGAAUUUCCAUUAGAUCCCCAAUUGGCAAAGAUGCUGAUCGCAUCCUGCAAUCACAACUGCAGUAACGAAAUUCUCAGCAUCACCGCUAUGCUUUCAGUCCCACAGUGUUUUGUGAGGCCAAAUGAAUCAAAGAAGGCUGCGGAUGAUGCUAAAAUGCGAUUUGCACACAUCGACGGUGAUCAUUUGACAUUAUUGAAUGUGUAUCAUGCAUUCAAACAAAAUUUCGAAGACCCACAAUGGUGUUACGAUAAUUUCGUUAAUUACCGGUCAUUGAAAAGCGGCGACAACGUCAGACAGCAGUUGAGCAGAAUAAUGGACAGAUUCUGUUUAAAGCGUACCUCGACGGAUUUUACGUCGAAAGAUUAUUACACCAAUAUCAGAAAGGCGCUGGUGAACGGCUUCUUUAUGCAGGUUGCUCACUUAGAAAGAACCGGUCAUUAUUUAACCAUCAAAGAUAAUCAAAUUGUACAGCUUCAUCCGAGCAGUUGUUUAGAUCAUAAACCUGAAUGGGUAAUUUAUAACGAAUUCGUGCUUACGACUAAGAAUUAUAUUAGAACAGUUACUGACAUCAAACCUGAUUGGUUGCUAAAGAUAGCGCCGCAAUAUUAUGAUUUACAAAACUUCCCACAAUGCGAAGCAAAGAGACAAUUGGAAGUAAUCCAAUCGAAGUUAGACUCGAAACAGUAUCAAGAAGGAUUCUAACCCUUAUAUAUUUUAGAUAUUUUCAAAAAUGGUGUCAA